AUGAAGGAUUUGGGUACAACAAAGAAAAUUCUUAGCAUGGUCAUUACAAGGAAGAACAAAGAGGAGAAGUUAAUUAUUUCUCAAACUGGAUACUUGUCAAAGGUGCUUGACAGAUUCAACAUGAGUAGUUCUAAACCUGUCAGCAUGCCUAUUGCUGGGCAUUUCAAAUUUUCAAAUGAUCAAUGCCCAAAGACUAAUGAAGAUACAAAAAGAAUGGAAAGUGUUCCUUAUUCAGAAGCAAUAGGUUGCUUAAUGUACUCAAUGGUGAGUACCAGGCCUAAUCUAGCCUAUCCUAUAGGUGUACUAAGUAGGUAUAUGGCUAAUCCAGGCGAAUCUCAUUGGGAAUGUUUGAAAUGGUUGUUAAGAUACAUCAAAGGCACUUUGAAUUAUGGAUUGCACUUCAAGAAAUCCAAGGGACAGAUUCAAUUGGAAGGAUUCGUGGAUUCUGAUUAUGCAGCAAAUAGAGACAAUAGGAAGUCAGUAAUUUCAUUUAUUUUCUUGUUGAAUGGAAAUUGUAUUUGCUGGAAAACUCAACUACAACCUGUGGUGGCAUUAUCUACAAUUGAGGCAGAAUUUAUGGCAGUAACUGAAGCUAUUAAAGAGGGAAUUUGA